AUGACUUCAGAUUGCUAUGAUGUGUUCAAGGCGGGUAAAACCACUCCUGGUGUAUAUACUGUGUAUCCUAGCUCUGACGUCACAAAGUCAAAACCCCCAGCACCAUUGAUGGUUUACUGUGAGGACGGGUGGACUUAUCUUCAGCGGAGAUCGGGCUACAGAAACCAUUACCCUGUCAACUUCGAUAGAGAUUGGAAUGACUAUAAAGAUGGCUUUGGGGAUCUUCAUGGUAAUUUCUGGCUUGGAAAUGAGAACAUUCACUCUCUGACGAAGAACAAAGCAUACAAACUGAUGGUUCAGGUUGAAACUUUGAAUGACAAAAAGAACUAUGUCGCAAAGUACGAAGCAUUUAACAUCGAUGACGAAGCCAAUCUUUAUACUCUACAUGUCUCCGGGUACUCGGGCAAUGCAGGGGAUGGAUUCGGAACUCACAACGGCCUUCCUUUCAGCACCAAGGAUAAAGACAACGACAAAAGUUUCGGCUUUUGUGGCGACAUCUAUGGUGGAUGGUGGUAUCACGACUGUCGUCUGGCGGAUCUAAACGGUUGGAUGGAAUGGUUCACCGGAAACAAAUGGCUUUUCUUGGAUCGCACCGUUAUGAAAAUUAAACCUGCUUUUGUAAAUUAGAUGCUUUGGUGAAAAUGCGUUGAUUUUGACGAUAAAUAAAGGAGAAUGUAUUAACGUUGCUAAAUUUCAAAAUAUAGCAUGGUUUCUUUUUUAUUCAUAAUACAAUCCACUGCACGGCCAUCGACACAUAGAGGUAGUUUGGGCACUAAUGAAGAGUUUCCAUGUAUUGAUGUAUGUCACAUGUAAUACGUACUGGUACGUCGUAUAAAGCAGCGUCGCGAAGCAGCAAGCUGGAGGUGGUAACACGGGAUAUGUGUAGCCUUCUACCUUUUCCUCGGAAGAGGUCUAUGUGUGCUGCAAUGUAUUAUCUUAUCGUGACACCCUUCUUGGCCACCGUAACAGGUGACGGCAUACCUCAGGCGUCUCAUUCAUGUUAAAUAAACACUUGCACCUAUACCCAGGGCCGGCUAGGUGACGCUGCUGUGUCGCACGUACAUAAAUGGAAGAUGAUUCUUGAAGUCUCAACACGAAUGACACAGUAGUCAUAUUACACUUAGGAAGCGUAUUCAGUAGCACUAAAAUAAAUGAUUACAACUGAACGUAAAGUCUAUUGUUUCAGUUGGAUCACAUAAUAUUCCUUGACAAAUUCCUGUUUCAGGAGAAUGCUUAGACCGCAGCAGAUACCAUGUUCUAUCUUUUACACAUUGCUCAAUAAAAUGAUUCUAUAUUUAGAGAAUAAUGAGCAUACUGUAGUUUUCAUUCAAAGGUAAUUGCUUACCAAGAGUACUUAGUCAGAUGUUAGAUGUAGCCAAAGGCUAUGUUUCAUCAGUACUUACCUGGAGAACAUGUCAUUCUCUAUAUGCACACUGUAUAGGCCUAUAUAGUGAAUCAUUCAGACACUGGACUUCACCCUGAUAGGAGGUGUGCAGGACUUUUUAUACCUGAGGUGACUUUCAUUUAUUUACAUAUAUCAGUAUUUCAUAAUCUAGUUCUUUAUUGUGUAUUUCAUAUUUUUCCAUUUAUUAUAUUACUGAGUUUACUAAUAGUUUGUUUGUAUGCAUUUCAGCCUUCAUUGUUUCCAGUUAAUAAAGAUUGGAAAUCAAAUAGUGUCCAUCUUAUCUAUGAAGGCUCAGGUAUGAUCAUAGUCUACCGGUAAACAGUCCAUCCUACAGGCCAGCAUGCCAGUUGUAAAGUGCCCAUUCCCAGACUGCACCUAUGAGACAGAAGAUGUGGCAGAUACCAUUGUCAACACACUAUUGACAAUACAUGCACAAAGCCAUAAUGCCACUUCCUCUCAGUCAUCUACAAAGGUCAAAACUGACAAGAUUCGUCGCCCCACAAUAUCUACAGCGGGUACUAGUGAAGAUUGGACUUACUUUCUGACUAGAUGGAAAGAAUAUACCAAAGCAACCAAAAUUACUGGCCAAUAUCGUGUAAUACAAUUACUGACAGAGAAUGACAUGAUAGUGAAUCAUUUAGACACUGGACUUCACCCUGAUAGGAGGUGUGCAGGAGUUUUUAUACCUGAGGUGACUUUCAUUUAUUUACAUAUAUCAGUAUUUCAUAAUCUAGUUCUUUAUUGUGUAUUUCAUAUUUUUCGAUUUAUUAUAUUACUGAGUUUACU